GUCUGGUUUCCAUCCCUGGGCAGGGCAUGUACGCCUUUAACACCUCCGGGGCUGCCAAGCUAAAUGGUACCCCAGGCCCCUUUGAUGGUCCCCAGUGGCCCCACCUGGUGCCCAGAAGCAUCUACAUGUCAGUCGCUGUGUUUAUGGGCAUGGUGGUGAUUUCUGCCUCCUUUGUGAAUGGGCUAGUUAUAAUGGUUUCCGUAAGGUACAAGAAGCUCAGGACUCCUCUGAACUACAUCCUAGUGAACCUGGCGGUGGCCAACCUCCUAGUGACACUGUUUGGAAGCACUGUCGGCUUCUCCAGCAACAUCAAUGGCUUCUUCAUGCUUGGCAAAAAGUUUAGCGAGUUCGAAGGCUUCCUGGUCUCCUUAACAGGUAUCAUGGGGCUCUGGUCCCUGGCAAUCCUGGCCUUUGAAAGAUAUAUCAUGAUUUGCAAACCCAUUGGAGAUUUCAGAUUUCAGCAAAAACAUGCACUGAUGGGCUGUGCCUUCACUUGGAUUUGGUCACUUCUCUGGACAGUCCCACCAAUCCUUGGCUGGAGCAGCUACGUACCUGAAGGUCUGAGAACCUCCUGCGGUCCCAACUGGUAGGCUGGCAGCAGCAACAACAAUAGCUACAUCAUGGCCUUGUUUGUUACCUGCUUUGUGCUGCCUCUCAGUAUGAUCUUCUUCUCCUACACCAAUCUGCUGGUGAUGCUACGAGCCGUUGCAGCACAACAGAAAGGAUCUACAACAACUCAGCAAACAGAGCGGAAGGUGACGCAGAUGGUGACUGCUAUGGUGCUGGCCUUUCUCACCAGCUGGCUGCCCUAUGCCACCUUUGCUAUGGUGGUUGCCACAAACAAAGACAUCCCCAUCCAGCCAGCUUUAGCAUCGCUCCCUUCCUACUUCUCCAAAACAGCCACAGUUUACAAUCCAGUCAUCUAUGUCUUCAUGAACAAGCAGGUGAGACACUGAAGUUAUCCAUGGGAUGGAAAACAAGCUUCCUUGAAGUAGAGGCUUAUAGGAAUACAAUGGAAUAGCACUCCUGGGGUUAUCCAAUAUCAGGGGCCGGAUCCCACUUAGCUUCCAUUAAGAACUAGCAAGACCACAGAGAGAGAGAGAUGGAGCCCGAUUUUCUGCCGGGUUCUAAACACCUGCAAGUGCAAUGCCGGGGAAGAAGCGGGAGAGGGGCAAGGGACUUAAUUUUAGACCAAAGCCUGCUUGAUUGAGCCUGUGAAAUAGAGCCCAGCUGUACAACAAAGAUGGCUAAUGCCUGGAAAGAACAGGACUAGCCAUUAACAAGAUCAGUCUGCCCCAAAAACUAUUUGCCU